AUGGUGAAAGGAAAACUCUCCAUUUUCCUGCUUUCCUUUGCAGCCCUCACGGAAGCACAGGAGAUCUUUUUCCUUGAUCAUAAAUGCUCAAACACAACCACUUUCGUAAGAAACAGCCCGUAUCAAGCCAAUUUAAAUAUCCUUCUCUCUUCGCUCGCCGCCAAUGCAACCCGUAAUGACAUUAACGGAUUCUAUAACGCCUCUACAGGACAUGAUGUUUAUGAGGUCUAUGGCCUCUUUCUUUGCCGUGGCGAUGUUAGUGUCGAAGUUUGCCAAGAAUGUGUGAACCUUGCAAGAAACGAUGUGGUCCAACGUUGUCCAAUCCAGAAGGAGGCUAUCAUACGGUAUGAACAGUGCUUCCUGCGCUACUCAAACAGUAACAUCUUCUCCAGCCUGAGCGAAAAGUUUGCGUUUAUCAUGUGGAAUAGACAAAAUAUAACUGUUGAUGUACAAUUUAACAAGCGACUGGUGGAUACUAUAUCUGAUGCUGCUAAUGUAGCUGCAAGUGCGCCAUCAGGUUCAAAAAAGUUCGCAGCCAAAAAUUUUACUUAUACGUGGCUUGAAUCUCUAUACGUUCUUGUGCAAUGCACACCGGAUCUAUCUAAAUAUGAUUGUAAUCGGUGUCUUAACCUAACUCUCUCCUUCAUAUCAAUUUGUUGUAAUAAUAAGCGAGGAGGAAGAGUCAUAUAUCCAAGCUGUAAUUUUCGAUAUGAAACUUAUUUAUUUUACAACGUUGCUGCCGUCGUGGCCAUGUCACCACCACCACUAUCCACGCCCAUUCUGUUAUCUUGA